AAAGAGUUUCAAUUUGUUAGCUUUCUCUUUGUAUAAUACCAUUUCUUCUUGUCCUGUUAGGUGCCAACUGCCGUUGUUGACCACUAUAGAUAUCAUCAGCAGCAGCAAUCACAUGGUAAAAUAAAGCAGCCAAAUUGGUAAUGAUUUGGUACUUUCUCAGAAACAAAACCCUCCUUUCUGCUUCUCCUUUCUGACCCCAUCUUGGAUUGGUGACUUUUACAGUUCAAAACUCUGUUUCCAUCAUUCCAGCUAAGGUUAUUUUGUCAAACAGGUCACCUCUCAUGCUUUUGUCACUUUCGCUAAUCGGAUCCAUCAUCAACCAAACUACCCUUUUGAAAUGAAAGGAAAACUUGCUUUGUCUGGAACUUCUUUUCUGUUGAAUACUGGUGCUAGAAUUCCAGCCAUAGGGCUUGGGACAUGGCAGAGUGGUGGAGACCUUUGUGUUGAAGCAGUGAAAACUGCGUUAGCUGUUGGUUAUCAUCAUAUAGACUGUUCCCAUCUUUAUGGAAACGAGAUCGAGGUUGGGGAAGCGCUGGCGGAAGCUCUUAGAGGAGGUUCUUUGAAGAGGGAAGAUGUUUUCUUAACUUCUAAAUUCUUUUAUACAAUGAAUUCACUGAAUAAGAUUGAGAAUUCUGUGAGGGUUUCUGUUAAGAAUUUGGGUGUUUCUUACUUGGAUCUGUAUUUGAUGCAUUGGAGUGAGAAUGCUGCAUUUGGUGAUGCCACUGAUCCACCAAUCAAGCCAGAAAGUGAGCAUAGGCAGUUCCUAAAUCGCUUGAAAACUACUUGGAAGACUAUGGAGGGUUUAGUUGAAUCUGGUCUAGUUCGUGCUAUAGGAGUUAGCAAUUUCAGUGUACAGCUUAUCAAAGAAUUGCUUAAAUUUGCUAAAAUUGUUCCUGCAGUCAAUCAGGUAGAGUUGCAUCCUUUUUGGAGGCAAGAUGAUCUAGUGAAAUUCUGUCAAUCAAAAGGGAUCCACGUAUCAGCUCAUACACCGCUUGGCGUACCUUCGGCCCCAGGAUCAUACGACAGUGGGUCUGGUGGGGAAGAUGAACCGGGAACUCCUCGCAUAUCUUUCAGAAGGUCGAGAUCAGUUCAUAGUCCAAUGUUGAAAUUGUCAGUAGUUGCUGAAAUAGCAGACAAGCAUGGAAAGACUCCUGAACAGGUAGUACUGAAGUGGGGGUUACAACGAGGAACUAGCGUGCUUCCAUGCAGCGUAAGAACAGACAGGAUACGGAAAAACAUAGACAUAUUCAACUGGUCAUUAUCAGAUGAAGAAUGGAACCGUUUGAAUCGAAUAGAGCCUCAGAUAUGUCUAUUUGGGAAUGGUAUGUCUAACAAUGUUAUUGUCUCUUCAGAAAGUGGCUUCAUUUCUGGAAGUGGUGGACCUCUUCAAGCUGUUCAUGAGAUGGAAGAUGACUCAGAAUCCUCCAUUUCUUGAUCUUCAAAAAGUACCAAACACAAUUUGUGAGUACUACUACUACUAUAUAUUUAUAUAUUGUGCCAUUGAAGUGGGAAAUCUUGUCUUGAUUUGUAGCAUUAUUACACUAGAAUGUUUUUUUUUUUUAUAGUUUGUGUCUUUUGUGCCCGAUGGGGUAUAUCUAUAUCUCUCAUUCAUGGAUUUGGACAUGUUAAGUUCAAAAGUCAAUUUGAAUAGUUUGUACAAUCAUGGAUAUGAUCAUGUGUUUUUAGUAAAUAUUUAUCAUCAUUGUGAGAUUAAUAUUAGUUAUUAUUA